AUGGAGGUGAACGUAAGCGAGUCGUGGAUGUAUAAACAAACUCAGCCGGCAAUCGCGCUGUUCUCCGUCGGGUACUCGGUGGUGUUUGCGGGGACGGUGAUAGGAAACCUGAUAGUGGUGGUGGUCAUCGCCACGAACCGGCACGUGAGGGGAGUCACCGACAUGUUCAUCUUCAACCUGGCUCUCAGCGACCUUCUCAUAGCUUUCCUGUGUAUCCCUUUUACCUUGGUCAACCACAUAUUCAUCGAGAAUAUGUUCGGUGACGCCAUGUGUCGAGUGAAAGCCCUGGCUCAGGGUCUGUCUGUCGGCGCGUCUGUGUUCACGCUGACAUCCAUCGCGGCAGACAGGUACGUUGUCAUCGUUCAUCCCCAGAAACAGGGCUUGACGAAGAAGAAGGCACUGCUGGUGAUCCUGGGGGUGUGGAUCGCCUCAGCAGCCAUCAUGGCCCCUCAGGCAGUCGUGUCGUACGAGAAAGAAGUCCUGUACGAGAACCACACGUUCCACAUCUGUGGCGAGUUCUGGCCAUCUUCGACUUCCCGCCAGAGCUACACGGCCGCGUUGUUCAGCCUGUGCUACAUCAUACCAUUGGUGGCAAUCAGCUUACUGUACUCCAAGAUCGCGACCAAAGUCUGGUUCAAGCCACCCCCGGGAGCAGCUGACGGCAACUCGCGGGGUACCAGCGGCGAGAAGGCAGCAUCGGUCCCCGUCGGCGUCGCCGCCUGCAGGAUGAGAGUCGUCCGCAUGGUCAUCGCGCUCGUCGUGGUGUUCGCGACCACCUGGAUGCCGCUCUACAUCUGCUGGCUCCUGGAGGACUUCGGCAACCUGAGCCUUCGGCAGCAGAUCAACCUCCACCACUACGUCUACCCGACUGCCCACCUGGUGGCCUAUGCCAACAGCUUCAUCAACCCGCUCGUGUACGGGUUCUUCACCACGAACUUCAGGCAGCAUUUCAACCAGACGUUUCGAAAGGCUACGGGUUCACGGCCAAUGUCGCUGGCCACGACCAUGAUCCGCCGGCACAAAGCAAUGGACGACGUGCAGACCGGCACGGCACACUCCACCCCUAUGACAAGCCUGAAGGUGAACGUUGUCAACGGCAAUGGGAACAGGCUGAAGGGUGUCGUCACCACUGCGGUAACACUUUCCAACAAUGUUCAAGAGACGACACUGUAA